UUAUAACUUGGCACGUGAGAAAUUCAUUAAAUGUCAUUUUUAUAUGGCAAAAGCAGUUUAUUUCAAUAAUAACCCGUGCUUCUCAUUAUAAUAGAUCCACCUGAGUGACGAUCUGGGGAUGCCGCUUCUCGCGAAGCUUCUGUGGCACUUCUCCUUUCGGCAGCUACAGUCACCUCUGCCUGUUACACCUCCGCCUGUGUCUCCUCCCAAGUCACCGCCGACUGUGAGACCCUUUGCUACCACCGUGGUUGUGAAGGGAGAGGUUUCACGUCCACGUCCCCUUGACCCCUUCAAGGAAACUGUCGUCGGACGUCGCGGAAAGCGCAGCCAACCUGAGUCCUGGGAUGCGCCUGAGGACUGGGAUCAGUCUUCCGUGCGGAUCCUUCCUCAUGAGGUUUGUGUGCCUCCUCUGGUCCUGAGGGAGUGCUUUGUCGUGCUAAACCCUAUCCGGUUUAGCACUGACAAGUUGGCUGCAAUGGAUCGCAUUGUUCCAUCCAACCUUGACGUCCCCAUGUAUGCUACCAUGGGGAAUCGCUCAAAGAAACGGAAGGUGGCACAUGGAACCACGGCUGUGGUCUCCAAAGGAAAGAAGGCCCGCCUUGAGGCACUUCAAACUCCAGCAAGGAUUGCCAAACCUUCGAAGCUGGUACCUCCCCCACGACCUGUUCCAGAAAAUGCUGUACCAGCUACUCUGGAGGGCGUACCUCCUCCCCGACCUGUUCCAGAAGCUGCUGUGCCAGCCACUCUGGAGGGCAGCGUCUUUGUGCAUUCGAGCAAGAAAGUGUAA